AUGGUACAAAGAAUACAAGGAAUAUCUUCUUUGAAAGACGUAGUCCUAGACAUAGAACCAAGAGUAGUCGAAUUCGGUAAAGAAAGCACUCUGCGGUGCAGUUACAACCUAGAAAAUGCUCCACUGUAUACAGUAAAAUGGUACCGAGGUUUACACGAAUUCUACAGGUUUACACCGAAAGAACUACCAAAUACCAAAAUAUUUCCAUUCGAAGGAAUGCACGUCGAUGAGAGCCAAUCGAACGAGCACCAAGUGGUCUUGCGAAACAUCGGUUUCAACUUAUCUGGCAACUUCAGCUGCGAAGUGACCACGGACGAACCGUCGUUCGCCACAGUCACCGUGGUUAAAGACAUGUUGGUCGUGGUUUUGCCAAAGAGUCCUCCAAGUCUAACGGCGGAUAAAAGUUUCUACGAGGUCGGCGAUGUGUUGAAAGCAUACUGUAGUUCGCCGCAAUCCAGACCAGCUGCCACCCUUACCUUUAUAUUAAAUAAUAUCGUGGUUUGCGAGAGAUGCGUGACGAGGAAGAAACCUUCUAGAGAACUAUUCACGAGCGAGUCACACUUGGAGAUGGUUCUUUAUCCAACACAUUUUCACAACGGCCGAUUAACUUUGAAAUGUGUCGCUCAAAUUGGUGAUUUAUAUCAAGAAGAUACCGACAUUACUUUCACCAAUGUUAAGGAUCCAAUUCCCGCUAGAGUGACCCAAACUACAUCCGAUGCCGAGAUGGGACAGCAUUCCAAUUAUAUGUCAAUAAUAAUUAUUAAUAGUGUUCUUGUCUGUUUGUAUUACUCUUAGACAUAGUGUCUUUCCGUUAACAAGGUUGUUUUCUAGUCGAAUACUUUGUUGUGAAGAGACAUAUACAGGGUUGUUCACCACAUACGACACGGAGUAUUGUAGCUAAACGAUGAGAUUUUUACAAAUUGUAAGUUUUGGGUUCGAUGAAGGACU